GUGACGUAAAUGUUUCGUUCGUUAGGUCAAGUUUGAAAGUGAUUAAAUACAACUAACGGAACAAAGCCAAUUAUCCUCGGGAUAAAACAGAACUAGUACGUGUGUCUGUGUGUGGAUGAACUAUGUUAUAAUCGUAUGUAAAAUGUGUUAUGAUUAAUUGUGAAUAACUGUAGUAAAGGUAAAAACCUAAUCCUUCAUUUUGAGUUUGGAAGUGAGCUGCUUUAUUUUGAAAGUCUACAUUGACUUCCUGUCUUCGAGCGUGGUUUCCGGUGGGAUGCUAUCUGAAGUUUGAGGACGGAGCACGAAAUACAGAAUUAUAACAACCCUCUUUAGACAGGUUCUCUGAUAUCUUCGAGGCUAGGCGGGUUGGUGGAGAUGGCGGCCGUCCUGCUGCAGGUGCUGGAGCGGACGGAGCUCAACAAACUCCCAAAGAGCGCCCAGAACAAGCUGGAGAAGUUUGUGAGUGAGCUUCAGAAUGCUAACGAGGCGCUCAGGACCCAGCACGAGAGGCUCAAAGCUGAUAAUGAACAACAAUACUUUGACAUCGACAAGAGACUGGCAGAGAGCCAGGAGCAGCUCCUUUCUUCCACCAGAGACCUGCAGACAGUCAAGGGGGAAAACAAAACACUCAACGAGGAGAUGAGGACCCUGAAGGGAAUUGAGGGAGAGACUUCUGAAGAUAAACCUCAAGAACAGCAGACGAAGGCCAAAUAUGAAAUUGAGGCAGAGAAGAGAGAGCUGGCGAGGCUGCUGGAGAAGAGAACUCAGGAGGUGGAAAACCUUAGAGAGGAUGUGAAUCGUCUGAAUGAGAAGCUGACAGAAACAAGCAAAGUCAAAAGGGAGCUGCAGUUAAAGCUGGAUAACAUCCGCUCAUCUGAGGCCUCUGUGCAGCACCUGGAGAAGCGUAUGGGUCAGGAGAAAGAGUUGCUGGAGAAGAAAAACGGUUGGCUGACUGCUGAACUGAAGACCAAAACUGAGGAACUGUUGAGCAGCAACAGAGAGAAAGACAAAACAAUACUGGAGCUAAAGAGUAAUCUGAAGAACAGCAAAGACCAGGUGACAAGACUUGAAAGUCAGCUGACCUCUCUGAAGGACACAAGUGAAAACCAGAAUAAGAGGGCAGCAGACCUCAACAAUAAACUGAAACAGGCUAAAGAUGAGCAGAGUGCCAUGGAGGAAAAAUACCGCAAUGAGCUCAACUCCCACAUCAAGUUAUCAUCCCUCUACAAGGAGACAGCAACAGAGAUGGAGUCAAAGAACCAAGAGCUGAGCAGAGCCGUGGAGGAGCUCAGCAAGACUGUCAAAAACACAGGGGAAGCCAACAAGGUUCUUGAAAAGAAGGUGUCGGAGGGAGAGGAACUCAAAUCACGGCUCGAGGCAGAGCUGAGAGAAAAGGUCAAGAAGAUGGAGAAGGAACUGGAAAACGCCACGACGAAGGCUUCUGGCAGACACUGCUGUGUCCCCUCGCUCACCGAGGAGCAGUUAGACUCCAUGUGUCCAUCAGCAGCUGCCAUCGCUGCCAUUGUCAAGCCUGGCAUGAAGUUCUUUGAUCUGUAUAAUGCGUAUGCAGAGUGUCAGACGCAGCUUCAGCUAGAGAAACAGGAGGCCAGGAGAGUGAGCAGAGUCCUGGAUGAGAUCGUCCAGGAGGUCGAAACCAAGGCUCCUGUUCUCAGGCGUCAGCGCGAGGAAUACGAGAGCAUGCAGAGAUCCAUGGCCUCCCUGUGUAACAAACUGGAGCAGGCUCGGACUGAGAUCUAUAGCUUGCAGAAAGACAAAGAGGAGGCCAAGCAGUGCUUUGACGCCACGGAGAGAGACAGAGUGAAGGCGGAGAGACAGCUGGAGGACACCUCUACACAGGUGUGUGCUCUGCUGGUGGAGCUGGAGGAAGCCAGAGGGAAUAAGGUGACCAAGGACGACGGCAGCUCAGCCAACAUCACCAGCACGUCCGAGGUCUUCGGUUCAUGCCAGCUGUCCUUCCGCAGUGUGAGUGAGCUGCAGAGGCAGAACCAACAACUCCUGAGGAGGCUGAGGGACCUGGAGGAGGAGAAGAACAGGCAGCAGAGCCAAAUAUCACCAGAGCGAGUGUCAGAUCUGGAGGCGAGUGUCACGAAGUUUCAGAAGGACCUGGAGCUCCUGAAAGAGCAGAGGAACCAGCAGAAACAACUGGCCGACUCCAACGCCCGACAGAGAGACAUGUACAAAGCCCUGCUGACACACAGCACGGGCUUCAGCCUGCCUCCUCAAGGCUCAGAGUCUUCCACCCCGCCUCCCAGUGCCAGGCCGUCUGUCCCAGCCACCCGCUCCACUCCUCAGAGAGCCGUCGCUGCAGAGUCAGCACAGACCGCUCAGGCUAAGGCUGCGUUGAAACAGCUGAAUGAUGCGUUCAUGCUGUAUAAAAAAGAGAAGACAGAGAAUGACAGGAUGCUGAAUGAAACAAAUGACCGGCUGCAGAAGAAGCUGACAGAACUUCUGACGAGUCACGCCAAGAUGACCUCUCAGCUGGAGUUCAGCAACAAGAGGUAUGAGAUCCUCCAGGAUACCGUCUCAUCAUACCGCAGAGAGAUCGCUGCCCUGCAGGAGAGGGGUCAGAAAAUGGCUGCAACGGCCCAACAACACGAGCACAUUAUCCACACCAUGACCCAGGACCUGCGACAGGCCAAUGAAAAACUCGCUCUGGAAGAGGUGCGUGUGGAGAACUUGACCAAAGAGAGAGACAUAAUAAGACAAGCAGAGAGUCGACUGAGUCGGGAAAAGGAGGCCAUGCUGGCCGAGCAGCGAAACCAGAACCUUCUGCUCACCAACCUGAAGACCAUACAGUUGACUAUGGAGCGUACAGAAACAGACACUCAGCAGAGACUCAACAAAAAGAUAGAAAAUCUGGAAGCAGAAGUGGCUUCACUGAAGAUCAGGCUGGACCAGGAAGUUGCACAAAGACACACUCUGGGCCGCACCAUGGAUGCUCAGUUAUUAGAAGCAAAGAAACAGCUGGAGAACCAGAUCACAUUACAGCAGAAGACCCGGGAGCUGCUACAGUCCUCUGAACAGCAGGUUGCUGCACUGAAAGCUCAGCUGUCUUCUACUUCAUCCACUGAGGGUGUUACCUCCUCCAGCAACACAGCUACCCCAGCUGUCAGAGGUCCAGGCCUCAGAGCACCACAGAGAGUGCCUCCAGUGCUCUCCAAUCAGCCUAGCCGAUCAGAGCAGGAGCUCGUAGAAGUGAGGGGUCUCCUGCGUACCGCUGAGGAGCAGAACGGUGAACUAGCAGAGCAAUUGAAGAAUGCUAAUAAUACUGUAGAGCAGUACAGGGCGGUGGUACUGACUCUGGAGGACAGCUUGAAGAAAGAGAAGGAGUCUCGCACGCCUUUGGAGACCCGUCUGAAGGAGUCGGACGAGAUGCAGAAGCAGCUGGAGAAGAGGAUCGUGGAAGCAGAGAAAACAAGGCAGAAGGAGCAAGCCGAGGGGAGAAGGGCCGUUGAUGUUGUUGAAAAGCAGGUGUUAGAGGUGCAGCGCACUCUGAAGGCCAGCCAGGCAGAGCAGCAGGAGGCGCUGGAGAGAGCUGCUGCUGCUGUUACACUGGAGCAGAAGGCCAUACAGGACAGCCUGCUGCAGACAAAGCUAGCUGGAGAGGCACAGGCCAAGUACGAGCGGGAGCUCAUGCUUCAUGCUGCUGAUGUGGAGGCCUUACAAGAGCUGAAGAAAAGUUUCCAACUAGGAAUGGCACAGAAGAAGGAGUUGGAGGAUAAACUGAACAAGACCUCCAGCCUCCUGCAGGAGAAAAGUGCUGCCUUGAACUCAGUGGAGAAACAACUGAAGGAAGACCUUGUCAUUAAAAAUCGUCGUUGUGAGGAGCUGGGGCAACAAAACACCCUCCUGCACAAACAGAUGGAUGAGUUAUCCUCCAGGAGUCGUCAGAUGCAACAACAGCAGCAGCAACCGCAGCUCGACGUGUCCUUCAACGAGGAAGGGAAGACCACUGAACAGAUUCUAGAAAUACUCAGGUUUGUACGGCGCGAGAAAGAGAUCGCUAUGGUUCGAUGUGAGGCGAUAGAAGGAGAGGCUCUUCGUCACAAAGAGCGAGUGAAACACCAAGACAGAGAAGUGAAGGACCUGCAGGACGCUCUGAAUGCUGAGAGGGAGAAAAGACAGGCUACAGCGAAGACUCUGGCCCAGCAAGAGGAACAGCUGAAGAAGAUGCAGACCAUAAGUUCUCUCCAAGAAACCAACAGGAUGCUGAAGAUGGACAGAGAUAAACUGGAACAAGAGCUGCGGCAAGCUCAGGCUAAGGUUGCAAAGCUUCAGUCCGACAUCAGUCCACUUCAGCACUCGAUGUCUCAGCUGUCAGAAAAGUUCGGCUCUCUGAGCGCCGACAAGAGGUUACUGGAGGAAGACCUCAAACGCUGGAAAGCUAAAGCACAGCAACUUGUCAGUCAACAGAAAGAUGUGGAUGAUGAGGAGAGACAGAAGUUUUCCACCGAGAGAGACGCUCAGCAGAGACGAAUCACACAGCUCGCUGAAGAGACAGCCAAGCUUAAGACUGAACUGACGAGGUCCAGUGUAAACAGUAACUCCGCUCAGGCCCAGCUGCAAGCCCUGAGAGACUCUGUUGCCCGUCUGACGUCAGAGCGAGACACUGUGAAAAAAGAGCUGGACACCAAAAACAGCGACAUUUUGGAGAAGAACAGAACGAUCACCCAGGUCAAGAAGAUCGGUCGACGCUACAAGACCCAGUAUGAUGAGCUCAAAGUCCAGCAUGACAAGCUGGUUGAAGAGACAACAGCGAAAGCUGGAACUGAAGCAGACAGUAGCCAGGUCGUGCAGCAGGAGCUUAGUAAAACCCAGGAGGACUUCAACAAGGCCAAAGAGGAGCUCAACAAAGCGAGGGAGGAGCUCCGCAGUAAAGACGAGGAGGUCCAGAAGUCCCAAAAGGAGCUGGAGCAGGCCAAAAAGGAAAACCAGGUCUCCAAGGAAAAGCUCCUGGAAGCACAAAACCAAUUAUCCCAGAACCAGAACCAACUGACAGAGGCCCAGACCCAGCUGACCCAGACCAAAGCUCAGCUGCAGCAGAAUCAGAACCAGCUGACCCAGAGUCAGAAGGAGCUUCAGCAAACCAAGACCAGCACUCAGCAGGCACAGAACCAGUUAAAAUCCGCCCAGUCCCAGGUUCAAGCCCGCCAGAACCAGAUUCAACAGAUCCAAAGGGAGCUCCAGCAGGCUAAGGAAGCUCUUCAGACAAACCUAACUAAUCAGAAGGAGCUGCAGCAGAACCAACAGAGCAGUCAACAGGUCCACAGCCAGGAAGUCACCAACCUACAGACGACUCUUCGUCAAGCUGAGAGCAAAGUGACUGAGCUUCAGGGAACACUGGACGGCCUGCAGAAGGUUUGGAAAAACUUAAGACUGACUGCUUUUCACUAG